CAGCAUCGUUUCCGUGUUCGCGAAGAGCUCAACGUUUCCUUGAAGAACUCAAACCCACCUGUUUACCAGUUCAGUCAUGAUCGCUGGAUAAGAUAGCUGUGGCAUUCAUGACCUAAAGGACUUCAUUCAUGAGAGGAAACGGCACCGUACAACCAUCUCCGGACCUCUAGGAACAUUUGAAGCGCUUCUCGCCGGCAAGACUCUUGAGGAACUGCGUCUGGUGAAACCAUAGACUGUAUAUAAUAAAGGUUAAACGCGUGGCUUACUCAGAAAACAUCAGGUUUAGCAGGAGCUUUGUGCCAACUUCUCGGGAGUGUCAUUCUCGUCAGAGCAGCAGCACCACUAUGAGUCAAUGGAAACAAAUCCAGCAACUGGAUAUUAAGUUCCUCGAACAGGUGGACUAUUUUUAUGAUGACAACUUUCCAAUGGAGCUGAGACAGGUGCUGGCCAACUGGAUUGAAAGCCAGGACUGGGAGACAGCUUCAAACCAUGAAUCUAUGGCUACGGUACUCUUCAACAACUUCCUCAUUCAGCUUGAGAGGCAGUGUUCUCAAGAGCAGAACUUUCUUCACAGACACAACCUAAAGAGAAUAUUUCACCAGAUACAGGUAAAAUACAAGCCGAAUCCUCUGCACAUGGCCGCCGUCAUCUGUAACUGCCUGAGGGAAGAAAGACGCAUCUUAUCCACAGCCAGCAUGCAGGAACAGGGACCACUGGAGAAGUCGAUGCAAAACUCAGCCGCCUUGGAGAAGCUUAAAGUUCUUGACAACAAAGUGGCAGUCAUAAGAAGCAGUGUUCAGAUGCUGGACCAGGCUGUGAAGUAUCUUGAGGACAUGCAGGACGAUUUUGACUUUCGCUACAAAACCCUCCAACUUCGAGAUCCAGUUGAGAGAAACUCUUUAACCAUGAAGCAAGAAGUCACUACACUUCAAGAAAUACUGAACCGCCUGGAUUUCAAAAGAAAGGAGAUUUUGUCAAAGAUCGCAGAUGUUAUAAAGGAAAUUGAUACCCUGAUCUCCUCUCAGCUCAACCCUGAGCUUAAGGAAUGGAAACGGAGGCAACAGAUCGCCUGCAUUGGAGGACCGGUUCUGAUAGGACUGGACCAGCUCCAGAACUGGUUUACUCUGACAGCCCAGAGUCUUUUCCAGAUUAAAAGACAGCUAGACAAACUGGGUGAGCUGAUCCUGAAAGUUACUUAUGAGAGUGAUCCAAUCCCUCUCCAGAGACCUCAAAUGGAGGAGCAAGUCAAAUACCUGAUCUACCACCUCAUUAAAAGCUCCUUUGUGGUGGAGAAGCAGCCCUGCAUGCCUACACACCCUCAGAAACCUCUAAUCAUCAAAACACAGGUGCAGUUUACCACCAAGGUCAGAUUACUGGUUAAAUUACCGGAGGUGGAUUAUCAACUCAAAGUCAAGACAACAUUUGAUAAAGACCUUCCACCAGGCAAAGUGAACAGACAGUUCUUCAUCCUCACCAACAACACCAAAGUGAUGGAUGUUGAGGAGUCGACUGGAUGUCUUUCUGUAGAGUUCAGGCAUCUGCAGCUGAAAGAGAGAAAGUGUCCUACUGGAGGAAAAGGAAAUGAGGGUCCCCUGUCAGUAACAGAGGAGCUACACUCUCUCAAUUUUGAGGCCAUGCUGAUGUUACAGGGCCUGGAUAUUGAUCUUGAGACUUGCUCCCUGCCACUGGUGGUCAUCUCUAAUGUCAGUCAGCUCCCAGGGGGCUGGGCAUCUGUCAUGUGGUACAACCUGCUAACUGAUGACCCCAAGAACCUUGGAUUCUUCAGUAACCCCUUGCGGGCAAGCUGGAGUCAACUCUCAGAGGUCCUCAGCUGGCAGUUCUCAAGUUUUGCAGGACGAGGACUCAACAAAGAGCAGCUUAACAUGCUGGGAGAUAAACUUCUGGGUCAACACGCUUCUUAUAAUGACUGCCAAGUUUCUUGGUCCAAGUUCUGGAAGGAAAACAUUCCUGGCAAAUCAUUUAGUUUUUGGCUCUGGCUGGACUCGAUCUUGGACCUUAUCAAGAAACAUUUACUUCCUGUUUGGAUUGACGGUUACAUAAUGGGAUUUGUGAGUAAAGAGAUGGAACGUGCCUUACUGAAGGAGAAGGAGCCAGGGACAUUCCUGCUACGCUUUAGUGAAAGUCACCUUGGAGGAAUCACCUUCACCUGGGUUGAGCAGGAUGAAAAUGGAGACCCAAAGUUCAUCUCUGUAGAGCCGUACACCAAAAACCGUCUCAACGCCUUGCCCAUUGCUGAUAUUAUACGGGACUACAAGGUCAUUGCAGAUGGGGUUGUCCCAGAGAAUCCUCUAAAGUUCCUCUAUCCUGACAUCCCCAAGGAUGAGGCUUUUGGGAAACAUUACAACAGCCAGCAAAACAAAGUUUGUCCUUACAUUCAGACACAGUUAGUUCCAAUUUCCCAUCGGAAUGGUCCAGUCCAAAAUGCAUGUUCCUCUCCUGAGCCCCCCAUGUCUCCUGGAAUGUUUGAAAUUAUUACCCAGCACCUCAGUCCCUUUGAGUUUGAAAGCGCUAUGAGUUCACCCUAAGAAAGGGCAACAGCCACAUUUCACUUGGUUCCAAGAUUAUGGAUGGAUUCAAAGAUUUUCAUCUCUUUAUUUUGGCUUUUUUUUUUUUUUUGCUGUUCUUCACUUUUAUGGCACUAUGCCACUAUAAUGCAUCACGUCUCUAUUUUCAUUUGCUGACAGAGUGUAUAUUCAAAAAUACUGUCAAUAUGAAAAUGCAUCAGAUGUAUUAUUAAUGUCACAAUUCUACAUUCCAACAAUUUAUGUCUUAAAUACAAUAUAUGACUGGUCUCAUAUACCUGUACAAUUCAGAUUUGCCCAAACCUUAAUCUGCUUUAAUGUUAUUCUCAAUUAAAUGUUUCUGUAUAUAUUAUGACAAGCAUUUUUUUUUAAAUAAAGAACUUUAUGAUCAA